UUAACCUUUGGGUCGGGCGCUGUCUCCAGUGGCGGGAGGUGGGGACGUCUGCGAACUGGGUCAUUUUACGGUUUCUGAUUUACCUGCUGUUGAAGCUAGGCGGACCCCCAGCCUGCUGUUGGUGAGGUUCAGGUCAUUUCUGCCCUUCUCCAAGUUCAAGUUCAAGUUGCUGGGCUUCCUCAGGAGUUGAGCGAGAGGCUGGGACCACUGCGGAGGCCCAUAAGCGGAGUAGCAGAAGGUCUGCUAAUGCGUGGGGGCGGGUAGGCUCAGCGCCUUAGUAAGUAGAGGAAAGAGCUUCGGGGCAAAAUCCAUUGCAAAGGUCAUAAGUCUACUCUGACUCAAUCCAGCAGCCAGAAUGAUCUUGUUACAGUGUCAUGAGUAGCCUCAGGAUAAUGCUCUUGAGCCAUAUAUCAGAAGGGGAUCUCAAUUCUGGGCAAAAACAAAGCAAGGACCACAAGAGUUUUGUGUGAACUAUGCUUUCAACAUGACCUUGCAUGUAAGAACAGAACAAAGAUCUCUUUGUCCUCACCUAUGGAGCUUUGGUUGCCCAACUUUGUAAGGAUUAUGAAAAAGAUGAAGAUGUGAACAAAUACUUAGAUAAAAUGGGCUAUGGCAUUGGAACACGGCUGAUUGAAGACUUUUUAGCUCGAUCCUGUGUGAGAAGAUGCCAUAGUUAUUCAGAAAUUACGGACAUAAUUGCCCAGGUCGCUUUCAAGAUGUACUUGGGAAUUACACCAAGUGUCACCUGUAACAAUGCAAGCAGAAAUGAGUUUUCCCUGAUUCUAGACAAGAAUCCUCUGGCGGAGUUUGUGGAAGAGCUCCCUGCUGGGCGAUCUUCUUUGUGCUACUGCAAUUUACUCUGUGGGGUUAUCCGAGGUGCCCUGGAAAUGGUUCAUUUGUCUGCUGAUGUUUCAUUCUUGCAAGACAGACUAAAAGGUGACAGAGUGACAGAAAUAGGAAUAACAUUUCUGAAAAAGCUAGACGAGAAAAAAUAUAGACGGAAAAAAUGAAGAAUAAUGUGCAAAAUGUGACAGAGUGGCUAGUUGAGGAGUGAAUAUUAGUGAAACACAUACGGCUUCAGAAAUUUUGAAUUGCUUUAUAGCAUGAGCUUUGAAAGGCUUAUAAAUCAACCAGAAAUUUAAAAUGCAGAGCAUGUGGAUUUUCUUUUUCAUAUUUUCAACCUCACAUUCAUAGUAGUUCAUAUACAGAUAACUUUCUGCGAUGAAUUCUGUAUAUUACACAGUCCAUCCUCAAGGAGUCUAUUCAUUUCAUUAAUAGGAGAAAAAAGGCACCACCUAUAGAAACAGUGUAUUAUCUCUUUUUAGUAGGACAAUGGAUGAUUUGAUAGAGCAUAGAGUUCAUUAUAGAGAGACAGUUUCUAGGUACUGUAUAUUACAUUCUCCAGAGAAAUAGUUCCACUUGUAACACUUUUCCAUAUUUUCAAGAAAUUAUGGAUUUCAUAUUUCUUAUAUAUUAUCAUAUAGCUUUAACUUCCUGAAGCUACUCUUGAAUUGUAACCACCAAAACAAGUUAUUGAUUUGUAUGCCAAUUCAGAAUCAUUUAAAAAUAGCAUUUAAUUUUUAUUCACUUAGCUAGAAUUAACAAAACCCCUUCAUUUUUUUCAUGUACUAAUGACAACCAGUCAGGAAAUCUCUAAAAAUGAAUGGUAAAUAAUGUUCUUUGAAGAACACUUUCUAACUCCAAAGUUUAUUUACUUUGAAUUUUUACUAUCAUUUUUAAUCCCCUAAAAAUCUUCCAAAGAAUAUUUUGUCUGUGGUCAGAACAUAUUUAAAAUUCAAAAUGAACCGCAUUGUUAAAUAGACAGUAAUCUUUGCCAGACCAUCAGUACACAAGAGCAGCCUUGAACACAGCCCAGAAAUUAGUACUGCAGAGAACUCAGAGUACAAGUAAAAGUUAUUAUUAGCAGGGCUCCAUGAAUUAAAACUUGGGUCUGGUAGUGAUAGAGGUCAGCUAGGACUUGAGGAGCCUGAUGAUCCAAUCCCAAUUGUGUUUCCAGUGGCAUCAGCUAAUCCUGACUAGUGUGGCUAAUCCUGGGCAACACACCUCUCUCCUUUCCUCCCACCCUUUAAACAUGAGGGGAUUGGAUAUGAUAAAUAUCUAAAAAAAAAUCAGUGUGUUUAAAUGAUAAAAAUGACCUCUGAAAUUCCACAUUUGGAGAUAUUAAAAGAUCAUAAGAAAACUGUUUAUUCCUCAUCUAUCAGUUGUCUCUUUGAAGGCUACUGAGGUAGACCCAAAGGACCAGAGAGGGUCCCUGAGGCAGCUGCAGCAUCAUGGAAAGUCCUUCAGGUCUGUGGCACAGAAGAUGAGUAUAAUCUUGAAGAAGAUGUUAACUAUCAGAAGGAUAUUAUUUCACGUAUUUUAAGUUCAUGCCUCCAACAGAAUGCUAGCCUGCAAUCCAUCUCAAAGCUUCUUUUUAGGAUUUCCCCACUUUCUGUUCCAUUACCUCUUUUUUCUUUACAGUACACUUAUCCCUCUAGGAACCCAUGGAGACCAAUGUUUAAGAAAGUCCUUCUUAAAUCAGCACUCAACUAGCUCUAUGCCUGGAGUAUUCUCCUAUCUCUCUAUACCUUCCCUCCUUUUUUCUCCCAAUCCAGCUAUUAAAAUCCAUACCCAGAAGAUGACUUAAUCUUUUAUUCUCAGUGAAGCCGAGUAUUUCAACUAGCAAUGGUUUUAGGAUAAAGUUUGUUUAUCCUGGAAUAUCCUUUGUGUUUCUCACCUGGUGGGAAGGGAGUCUCUUGGCAUCAAAUUUAUGCUACAAAAGGUAACCUAAUACCCAAGAGAAUGACUUGUUUGCAUUUAAUGUGUGUUCUAACCUGAGGAAAGUGAGAAGCUAGAAAGUGCUGCCCAUUUGAAUUAUGAGCCACUAAUUUUAAAUUUUCUAAAAGUCACAUUAAAGAACAGGUGACAUUAAUUUUAGUAAUAUAUUUCAUUUCUACUACUUAUCCUAAAUAUUAUUAUUUCAACAUGGGCAUUUUACAUUUUUUAUACUCAUCUUUGAAUGUCAGUAUGUAUUUUAUGGCUUUUAGUACAUCUGAAAUCAAUGGUAAAUUCUCAAAGAUUAAAGAGAAAUGUCCUUUCAAAACAAUGAAGUUGUGAUUAGUGGUGGUUAGUAGCUUUAGUUUUUAUAUCAAAAUUAAUUGAAAUAAAUUCAAAAUUCAGUCACUCUUGUCACAUUUUAAUAGCCAAAUAUGUCCAGCUGCUACUAUGGACAGCAAUGGUCUAGAAUUCCCAAUCAAACGAUCUUUAAAUCUCCUUCAUCUUUGAUGCAAAGAAAGAAUCUGGAGGAUCCAGGAUUAUGGAAAGGAAGAGAGGAGAUGGGCAGACCUGAGAGAAGCUAAGGAAAACCAGCAUAAAGAAACUGUCAGACAUCCAUGGAAUGGUCUCUCUCCACUGAGCUGUGACCCAGAGAAACAAUAAACAAAGAUAGCACAUCAUCCCUGGGCUCUAAUUGUGUUUUCAUUGCUAUUGUGUAAAGUUGGGUCUCUCUGAUAGAGGGUUUGAGGAAAUUAUUCAGCAUAACUAUGAAGUGAUGUCAUAUUUUCAUUUCACAAAAGCCUUCAAUUUGGACCUAAAAUCUUGAUCAAAGCAGAGAUUUUUAUCAUCUUGGCAAAACAAAAAGAGGAAGAAAUGUGUGGGGCAGAUAGAAAGAGAGAGAGAAAGAGAGAGACUAGUGCCUUCAAAUGACACCCUCAGACUGCUGCCCAAGGUGUUUCUGAGAAGGCCAGCCUUGGUUGCCUGUUCACUGUUACAGUUGCCAGGAAUCAGAGAUGCUUCCCUCAGCAUUCCGUGCACUUAUUUAUUGUCUUC